AUGGCAAACAUAGAAGGACCACCCGCUUAUCCACAGCAACCACCACCAACCUAUGGGCCUGUAGCGGGAGCACCGUAUGUUUCUUACUAUGGAUAUCCACCACCAUCCCAACAAGGUCCAGUUAUUAUCAACAUGCAGCAACAACAACAACAGCAGCAACAACAACUACAACAAAUUAUUGUACGAAGAGAAACAAAUCAUUGCCUCUGUUGUCUCUUAUGCUGUCUUACUGGCGGUCUCAGCAUUCCAUGCUGGAUCUAUGCUUGUGUUACGAACUAA